AUGACCACCGCCGACCACCGUAACCUAAAGAGCACCACCAUCCACGUCAUGGCAUUAGACGGAAUCGUGAACGUCAAUUCCCUUUUCACACUCGGUCUCUUCCUUGGUCUUGCCGUUAACCCCGCCGACCCAAAUUACACCCUCGUGGACUCCUCCUCCGCCACCACAUGCCUCAUGUCCUCUUCCACCGCAGAGAACCUGGUCGCCUUCCAUGUCUACUCUUUCAGUUCCUUCCUGUUCUCGAGCCUUAUUGCUUUCGGGCUCAAACAAGCCAUUAGAACAGCCAAAGAUGGGGAUACGCGGAUUCAGGUGAGUGAUGACACCAUCGCACAUGUUAAUUUGAGGGUCCUACGAGCUGGGAUUUUGGCGUCGGCUGCUGGAUCGGUGUCUGGAUGUUUGUUUUUGACUGCUGCGCUGGUUGAUUUGGUUGAGAUUAAGCUCGGGAAAUUGGGUUGUUCCGAUUGGUAUGGUGUGGCUGCGGUUGUGCCGUUGGUAGUGUUGGUGCCUUUGGCUCUUGUUUUUUAUAUAUGCAUUGUGUUGCAUGCAUUCGCUACUUAG